GUUCAGCAGCAUGUCACAGUCUCAGGAGUACAGAGGCUUCAAGCAGCUCAUGCCCGGUGAUGAACCAGGUGGACUCUACAUCUUGAUGCUGGUGUCCCUCUUCCCACUGUACUACUGGUGCUUCACAGACGAAAGCACUGAGGAUGAGUUUGAAAUAUCCUUCGUCUGCCAUCGGCCUGAUGAUCUGCACAUACUACAGGAAGAGACUGAAUUCAGCAGGAAAGAACUGCAGUUCCUCUACAGGGCCUUCAAAAAUGAAUGUCCCAGUGGAGUGGUGACUGAGGACGUGUUUAAACUCAUUUACUCUCAGUUCUUCCCUCAGGGAGAUUCAAGCAUUUAUGCACAUUACCUCUUUGAGGCAUUUGACACUAACAGGAACGGCUGUUUGAGUUUUAAGGAGUUUGUUGCUGGUCUGUCACUCAUCCUUAGAGGCUCAAUAUAUGACCGGCUAAACUGGGCGUUUAAUUUCUAUGAUCUUGAUAAAGAUGGAUUCAUCACAAGAGAGGAGAUGAUGAAGAUAAUGAAGUCGAUUUAUGCUUUGAUGGGGAAGUAUGUGUAUCCCUCCAUACAUGAUGAAACUCCCAGCGAACAUGUGGAAAACUUCUUUCAGAAAAUGGACAGAAACCAUGAUGGACUGAUCACUGUUGAGGAGUUCAUGGAGUCAUGUCAAAAGGAUGCAAACAUUAUGCGGUCAAUGCGGCUGUUUGACAGUGUCUUCUAGGAGCUUCUGCCCAGCUGUAGAUUUCGGCACAUUCUUCUCUCUCCAUCAAGUCAUCUCUCUAUCAACACUCUUACUGUGUUCACACUGUACUUAUAUAUUAUGCAUUUUUAUAAUAUUUAUGUGGGGUUUGCUUUUUUUGUUUUAAUCAUAGAAGACCUUCAGGGAAGCACACACCUGUAGGGAAAAGCGUAGCUCUUUCUGGAAACAUCAGUAUGCAAAAAAGUGUUUUUUAACCAUACUUUUUAUUGUAUUUAUUUCUUAUUACUAAUUUGUGUAUGUGUGUGUUAACUCAGAUUUUAUCUCUUGGUCUUUUACUUAAUGAUAAGUGCACUACAGCAAGAAUGUGAGGGUAUGUUUCAAUUUGAAAAAGGUAGGAGUAAAAUACAUAAAUAAAUACAUUCUAAUUCAGUUGUAUUAUUUAUAAAUUAUAAUUUUAUAAUGAUUUUAUUAAUACAGCUGUCUGAUUGAUUUAACAGUCUCAAGAAUUCAGAAAUCACACAAAAGAAAACUGAGCACUGUGAAUUUUAAUGACACUGUAGUAGGGUCACUUUGUGAGAACAUCUAAAUGGUUAAUUAUAUAGUAAGACAGAUACUCAUGUUGGUCUGCAGUAUUCCCUGAAAAGGUUAACAGGUGUUUCGGGUCUCGGGAGACUAGUGUAAAUUGACCAAUAGCGCCAUUUGCUGUUUUUGGAAAAGAUAGUUGCUCAAUUGCAUUUGUGAGAACAUCUGCUUUGACCGAUGUGAGAAUAUCUGCCUGAGAAAUCAGUUCCUCACAAAUGAGUCUCACAGUUGUAACACACACUACAUAUAUGUGUCCAUACCUCUGCAUUUUCUCUCAAAUAGAGAACUUUGCGUUUUGCGUUUGUUUGAAAGCCAAGUUUUUCUUUGCAAAGCAGAUUGUGUUAUUUUUUUUUUAAAUGCUUGAUUUGUUUGAUGAAUAUUGGCACAAAACUCGUUCCAUACCAGAACCAUGUGGCUGAACAGUUAGAGGACAAACACAAGCAAGGUAGAAGAUUUAUGCUGAAAUUAAGCUGUGAA